CGGCUCCGGUUCCCGGGGCGGCGGGUGACCACUCACCAUGCCCGGCAAGCACCAGCAUUUCCAGGACCCUGAAGUCGGCUGCUGCGGGAAAUACUUCCUGUUUGGCUUCAACAUUGUCUUCUGGGUGCUGGGAGCCCUGUUCCUGGCCAUUGGCCUCUGGGCCUGGGGCGAGAAGGGUGUUCUCUCCAACAUCUCAGCACUGACAGAUCUAGGUGGCCUUGAUCCUGUGUGGCUGUUUGUGGUGGUUGGGGGUGUCAUGUCGGUGCUGGGCUUCGCUGGCUGUAUUGGAGCCCUCCGGGAAAACACCUUUCUGCUCAAGUUUUUCUCCGUGUUCCUUGGCCUCAUCUUCUUCCUGGAGCUGGCGGCAGGGAUCCUGGCCUUUGUCUUCAAAGACUGGAUUCGAGACCAGCUCAAUCUCUUCAUCAACAGCAAUGUCAAAGCCUACCGGGAUGAUAUUGACCUUCAGAACCUUAUCGACUUUGCUCAGGAAUAUUGGUCUUGCUGUGGUGCCCGAGGGCCCAAUGACUGGAACCUCAAUAUCUACUUCAACUGCACUGACUUGAACCCAAGCCGUGAGCGCUGUGGGGUGCCCUUUUCCUGCUGUGUUAGGGACCCUGCGGAAGAUGUCCUCAAUACCCAGUGUGGCUAUGACAUCCGACUCAAACUGGAGCUUGAGCAGCAGGGCUCCAUCUACACCAAAGGCUGUGUGGGCCAGUUUGAGAAGUGGCUACAAGACAACCUGAUUGUGGUGGCUGGGGUCUUGGUGGGCAUUGCCCUCCUCCAGAUAUUUGGCAUCUGCUUGGCCCAGAACCUCAUGAGUGACAUCAAGGCAGUGAAGGCCAACUGGGUCCCCCAUGGUGAUGGCUACAAACUACUCAAUAAAGAACACUUUGAAAAACCGUGGCUUAUACUCACCGUCUUCGAAAGUUCUGUUGGCAGCACAGCCCCAGAGCUCCUCAGUGAGGGCCCUGGCCUGAACCCAACUGCCUAACAAGGCCUCACAGGUCUGGGUGACUUACGCACCUGAGGUAGCCUUUUAAAUGGAUGUAUUGCCUCAAAGGCCGCACCUCCUGAAGAAUGACUCUGUGGGCACAGGCUUCUCAGUAUCAGUGCCAUCUCCAGCAGGACAUAGAGACGCCUCACCUGGCCUGCUGUGUGUGCCUGACCCCCCAGCACCUGAGCGUUGCCCUCUCCAUCCCCUACGGACUAUCCCAGGAAAACACCCGGGGCUCCUCUGUGUCAGCCUCAAGAAAGUCAUAGAGAUCUGAAGAAUGGGUACUGGAGACUGCCCCUAAAGGGUGUAGCCUGGCAGGCCCUAGCUAUGCUGGGCACUGGGGUGGCAGUCACAAUGUCCAGGAGAGUGACUAAGUGUUGGGAGCGAGGCAAGAGGAUCGUGCAAGGGGAGUGCCCCGAAGCCCAUGUCUUGGUGUCUGUGAGCUUCCCCCCAGUCUGUUUUGAGGUCCAUCAGCUGUUGGUUUAAAAACCUCCUCCAUGGCCUGCAGUGGUACCCAGAGGCCACCAGAGGGCACACCAACACUACAGUCAGCCUCAGACUUACACCCUCUCCUCAGAACCCAACCUGCGAACUUCUAAAGCAAACCAGCUCAGGCUUAGGCAAUGUAGCUGCCUGGAGGGAUGGUAUGAGUGAAACGACCCGUCUCUACCCUUUCCCUUUGCUGGAGGGGUGGGCUGGGUCAAAGGCCACAGCUCAGGUGCCCUCUUUUCCCUCCAUGAGUCACAUGAGUGGGAUAGAGUAGUGGGACCUGCUUUGCCUUGGCCUUGAUCAGUACCGGAGACCAGACAGAGAGACGCAAUGGUGAGCUAUGUGCAGUCCGGAUGGUGAUAACCAUCAGCUUGGGGGUGCAGGGGGUACAGUGGGAACUGUCGAGACCGUCCUCACCCACAGGGGCUGUUGAGUGUGGGAAUGCAGGGCUGACAGCAGAAAUCUCAGAGAGGCUGGCAAUCUGCAGCUCUUGUAAGAUAGCCAGAUUUUAACUCAGACCUGCAGGCAGCACCAAGAACUGGGGCCCAGCUCCAGCUCCUGUGUUAACAUCACCCCCAGUGGCCCUGACUCCUAAGCCAUGUAGGUUGAUUAGGCAGCAUGCACCUGGUCACCUUGUCCCCUGGCAUAGGCUGCUCAGAGCUCUUGAUGGUGCUGACUGUGGUGGUAUGUACGCUGCAAUAAAUACAGCUCAAAAAGCCUUGUUUUCUCAUUUCA